AUGCAGAAGCUGAACGAGCUCUUCUCCGGUGGCGGAGACGGCGACGAGACAAACGAUGGCUUCCUAGAAGAUGGAUCGAAGGGUCUCUGUUCUCUCUCCACGACCCAGAGAAUGUACGGAUUCGCCGCUUCUUUGGCCGCUGGCUUCCUACUUAUGUUUCUGUCAAUGAUUGUAUUUUCUAUCCCCAUCAAAUUCGCACUGCUCUUCACUUUUGGCAACGUGCUCGCUAUUGGAAGCACAGCCUUCCUCAUGGGACCUGAGCAACAGAUUAAUAUGAUGAUGGACCCUGUUCGUAUCUACGCUACUUCCAUUUAUAUCGGAUGCGUCGUUGUUGCUCUCAUUUGCGCUCUCUUGAUACACAGCAAAAUCUUAACGUUGCUUGCGAUCCUAUGCGAGAUUUGUGCGCUUAUUUGGUACAGCCUCAGUUAUAUUCCAUUCGCAAGGAGAAUGGUCUCUGAAAUAAUGAUCCGUCUCUGCGACACCGAGCUAUAG